AUGGGCGCAGCCGCAGGGGGGCCAGCAGGGGUGGUGCAUGGAGCCUUCCUUGUAUCGCCCUGUUUGGCCCUGGAGGAUGACUGGUUGGCCAGGGACGGGUGGGAUUCCUCAGGGGAGGAACAGCCUGGGACGGGCGUGGUCGCAGGGGUGCCAGCAGGGGUGGGGCACAGACCCCCGGUGUCUGGGAGAGAAAAAUCACUAAUUUUUUUCUCAUUAUCUUAUGAGGCUUUCUCCACUCUGCACACGGAAGUUGGAAAUUGCACCAUCCUGAGUGAAUUCAUCUUACUGGGCCUCUUGUCAGACCCCCGGUUGCAGCUGAUACUAUUUGCAGUACUUCUGAUGCUCUAUUUGAUCAUCUUGUCAGGGAACAUGACCUUGAUUAUCUUAAUCCAUAUUGAUUCCCACCUUCACACACCUAUGUAUUUUUUCAUUGGCAAUCUGUCUUUUUUGGAUUUCUGGUACACCUCUGUGUACACCCCCAAAAUCCUGGCCAAUUGUGUCUCAGAAGAUAAGUGCAUUUCCUUGGCUGGAUGUGGAGCCCAGUUGUUUUUUUCCUGUGUUGUAGCCUACACUGAGUGCUACCUCCUAGCAGCUAUGGCAUAUGACCGCCGCAAGGCCAUCUGUAACCCAUUACUUUAUUCAAGUACCAUGUCCCAUUCUCUGUGUACUGGACUCGUUGCUGGCUCCUACAUAGGAGGGUUCUUGAAUGCCAUAGUCCAUAGUGCCAACACUUUUGGCCUGAGUUUCUGUGGCAAAAAUAUCAUUGACCACUUCUUCUGUGAUGCACCACCAUUGGUAAAGAUGUCUUGUACAGACACCCAGGUCUAUGAAAAGGUCCUUCUGGGUGUGGUGGGUUUCACAGUCCUCUCCAACAUACUUGCCAUAUUACUUUCCUAUUUCAACAUCCUUCUGGCUAUUCUGAGGAUGUUCACGGCUUCAGGAAGGCACAAGGCCUUCUCCACCUGUGCUUCACACCUCAUCUCGGUCAUGCUCUUCUAUGGAUCUUUGCUCUUCGCAUGUUCAAGGCCUAGUUCCACCUAUUCCCUGGGGAGAGACAAAGUGCCAUCUCUGUUCUACACUGUGGUCAAUGCAUUGCUCAACCCUCUCAUCUAUAGCCUGAGAAACAAAAAUGUUAAAGAGGCCUUCUGGAAAGCCACACAGAUCAUAAGGCCUCAGAGAUGA